AUGAAUAGCUGGACGGCUUCUAACUAUGCGGCAAACGAACAACCGAUGAAUCCUCAGUAUGCCGGCUGGUCGUCGUCGACGACUAGCAAUCAACCUUCACCCGGCCGUCGAGAAUUUGCAGUUCAGCCGCCUCUCUUGACGACAUCCUUAGGCGGUCCUCAGUUCCACGCCGUGAAUACACCUUUGUCAACUACAUCGCUGUCGAGCCCAUUUAUACAGAGUCAUUCUCCCUAUGUCGCCUCCCCAGCAAAUGGAAGAUCUGCGUCAUCUUCAUCCUCAAUGGCAUCCAGACAGGCUGCGAGCUACAGUGUUCCCUAUAACCCACAGGACUGGGGUCCCAUGGGCGAUGAGUCUCUGUCACCACCUCCCCCACCGUACUCCCCUCCAAACAACCCAAAUCGAGGGUCGCCAGAUGCAUAUGGAUCGCCAAACCCGAAUAUCGCCGUGUCUUCGGCCCCAUCACCACCCCAGAGCUUUGCGCGAGAAAAUGAAUUUGAAGUCCCGGCCGACUAUCAAAGGCGCUCAGUGCAGCGUCAACGUCCAGUUUCCAUGGCGUAUGGAAACGAAACCGGACCUUCUCGACAAUCAUUACCUCCGCCGCCACCUCCGCCGCAAGGUCAUCCAGCAUCGAGAUCUGUUUCGCAAAGUCGCGUCGAUGUAUACCAGGCAGCGCCUUACAACUUGGCUGGGGCGCACCAUAGACCCAGAGUAUCAUCGUCCAACUACGAGCAACCCUUUCCAUCACCUUCCCUGGGAGGAAACACGAACGGGCCGUCAUUUGGUCAUCUGGGAGCACCCGAAAGACCGCCUGCAUCCAGGCGGGCCGCAUCGGCUGGGGCCGUUGUCAGUAGUGCAGGGAGUUCGCGGGAAAUCAGUCAGACGAGAAACCACUCUCCAUCGAACAGUGGCUGGGGACCUGGCAUGCCACUCCCACCCCCUCCUCCAGGACCACCUCCUGCAAAAUCAGUCAGUGUGAGCGGAUCAUCCGAGUCAUCUUCUGCACGAACGGUUCAUGGACCAAGUAGAAAUCGACCCAGAGCACCGGGAUUCGGUAGUGGUCUUGGUAGUAUCCCACCCACCCCGGCCGACUGGGUAGAUGAAGAAUACAUAAACCAUCGCCCGACUGCCGAGACGGAGGCUCUCUCUAUUGAUACCACCAAGGCCCGAGCACAUCAGGAUCCAGUUCAUGAUCCCAAUUCAAACGAUCCAUCGCAAUCUCAAAGGACACCAGGAAGUGGAGGAAGUGGUCUCUUCCGCAGCUCAGCAGUCCGAGACCCUAGCGCCAAGGGAAUCCGAGAAAGAAGAAUUGAGCGCCGCAACCAACAGAGUCAAAAUGUUGAAGAGAUCCGCAGUGCCGUUUCUAGCUGUGCGAAUCCCUGGGCGGAUUCGCUGGAGCAAAUCAAACCAUCGAAUCUGGUCUUUCCAGACCAUGAAACCGCCAGUCCGGAGCAUAUGCGCCAGCCUGCAUCUUCCAGGGCCACCCCACAAAGUAGUCGCAGCAUGGGAUCUGAUGGACGUACUGGAUCUCGAUCUCGCGCAUCUUCUGGUGGCCUUUUCUCUGACCAAUCCUCGCAUGCAACACCCAAGUGGGAUUCAAGCCCUGUUGCGCCAUCAGCAGCAUUCGCGCAAACACCACCAUUUUCACCAAAAGGCGAAUCUUCCUCAUCAUAUCCAAGAGAAGCUCCACGGGCAGUCCCUCCAAAAUCAUUGCCCACCCCGCCUUUGAACUCUGCAAAUGAUCUCAAAUCACGCCCCCGUGCUCUUUCUAGGGGACCAGAAGAACGCCCUGUCUCUCACAUCUUGCAUAUUCCCAAUGAAGCUAUUUCGAGUAUGAAACCAUUGUCACCACGCCGAAUCCCAGGACAGCAGGCGGUGCAACAGCAAUCUCUGGAAUCGAUCAUGAAGCAAGACACCAAUUUUGUACAGGACGCUAUACAACGACACAAGGAGUUUAUCGAAAGAGAAUCAGCUGCGACAAACGAAGCUGAGGCCCUGAACGUUUUCACUGAGUUCAUGAUCAACGAGUCACAGAUACGCCGUACUCGGUAUGCUGCUGUCUGGGAGUCAAAUCCGGCCGUCGUGGAGGAUGUCUCUAGCAAGCUCUUUGCGGUGCAGCCUAUCCAAAAAGCAAAGCCAGUGAGGCCAGCUCCAACCCUGGAAAUACCCCAGAACCGAACAAGUCGACCUGAUUCUGCUUGGUGGAACAACUAUCAGCCCUGUUUAUCGCCAAUUGCUAGUCUCGGUAUGAGUAAUGAUGAACAGAGUUCUCGAGGGCGCGCACCGAGUCGUUGGUGGGAAUCAAAAACAGGUUCUAGCAGCGACGAAGCUGGGAGGCGAGUGCAGCGAUCAAAACGAGAAUCAAAAUAUAUGGGAUUGCCUCGAGACGGCAUGCAGUGGGACUCGGAAAAGACACCCUCGAAACUUGAUGAUGCAGACGCGCAUUAUACUGGCGAGUUUGCGGCUUACGGACCUGAUGAGUAUCCGCCGGAGAAGGUUGGCUUGCACGAUGAAAUAUCACCUUAUUCAACAAACAGGAAUGGAAACCCAUACGCGCAGUUCCAAGCGAGUCGAAAGCUGGAUAUCUCACGUCUGAUUACCCUGCCACCUCCAUACCCACGCCACUAUCCCGCAGUCAACAAUAGCCACCCGGACCUUGUGUCAUACAGGACUAUUGUUCGAUCAAUCACCGACCUCUCGGAGAUCAAGUCUACAAGACAGCGAUACCAGGAGGAUGUUGAAAGAAUGUCACAAGAGCAGCAAGGCCAGUCAAAAGAGGCUCGUCGUCAAUUCAAGGCCAAUAUCCAAAGCCAGAUCCAGGAAGGAAGCCUCACGUUUGCGGAGGCCGCGGAGGCUGAAGCAGCCAUGCUGGACGAGGAGAACAGGCUUGAAAGGGGGUUAGCAAAACGCCAACUCGAUACAUACCAAGAUAUUGUUCUGAAGCCAAUGCACGUCAUACUUACGGAUCGGAUUGAUAAAGCGACCGCUUGUAUCGACGAGCUGAGUAGCAGGUUAUUCGACGAUGCACGAAAUGAGACCCCAGAUCAGACUCAGGAAGAGGGUGAUGAGAAACCUGAACUUCUGGAGAAGCUGACCCAGCUGAAAUGGUUAUUCGAGGCACGGGAGCAACUUCACCGAGAAGCAUUUGAUCUAGUUAGCGGCCGCGAUGACAAGUACAAGGCCCUUGCACUAUUGCCGUACCAGCAGAGCAAGAACAACGAAAAGCUCUGGGAAACGCAGGCGUUCUUCUCAAAGGAUACUAUGGAUCGACGCGUGCAGUACGAGACAUCGGCACUUACUCGCCUCGGAUCAUUCCUGGACGUCAUCGAGCAAAACGUUGUUCGUGGAGUGGAGAUCCAGCUUUCGGCAUUCUGGGAUAUCGCCCCAUCACUGUUAGUCAUGGUUCAACAAAUCCCCGAAAAUCUCCAUGGCUUCCAAGUCCAGAUUCCUUCCAAAGAGUAUGAAGAGAAUCCAAGCUACCACGCCCACCCGCUGCAGUACCUCUAUACCUUGCUGUCACAUGCCGAGAAAUCGAGCUAUCAGUACAUUGAGUCACAGACCAACCUCCUUUGUCUGUUGCAUGAGGUGCGGUCGGCCAUGAUGCGGGCGAAUAGGAAUCUUGCCGAAGCAGAGCGGAUAUGGCAAGGCGAGCCUGAAGAAGGCGUGCGUCGGAGCAUGCAGCAAAGCCGUGCCGACGAGGAAGUUAAUCUCACCUCGGACCUGAAAGAGAAAGUUGCCACUGUCGAGGGACAAUGGACAGAGGCUCUCGGUAGUCAAAUUCAAGAGUUGCGAGAGCGAGUGAAAGGACAGCUACUUGGUGAAGAUGGGUGGGAAGAUCUGGAGCGACUGGAACAAGAAUAG